AAUGACGCGCCAUAGUGAUGCAACCCGAGCGGCACAAAAACCCCAGGAACGUCACUUGACUCGCCGUUUUGUUUACAUUAUUUCUGAAAAAUGGACGAGAAGAAAUUCCUCAAAAAUGUGUCCGAUAAAGAGGUCUCCGGGGGGCGCCUCCAGUCCCUCAAACUCCCCCGCGACCUGAGUUUGGGAAUCGCCAAGCCGAAGAAACAGUACACACCUAACCUCAAUGUUGUCAGAAACAAGGACAAAACGAAAGAAUUUCUCAAGAAAAUGGACCAGAAGCGCAAGGACCGGACGGGGCACCGAGACCGCCACAACAGACAGGACCAGAAACCGAAGUUUGUGCAGUCCAGCGGGGUUUUUUCGCAAGGCACGGGCGAAAUCAAAAGACUGACCUCCCACAACUCCGAGCCGAGGGUCAGUUUCAGGGACAACAGCACGGUCUCGAACAUGGUUUUACCGACAAUUAACAGGAACUCGUGGACUGUGAAUAAAAAAGCCGAAGAGGCGGUUUUGGACGAGUUGGCGAACUGUGAUAUUGAUAGUGAUGACGAGAAAAUGUCUUUCAAGCCCUUGACACUGUCGCUGGAUCCGGUGCGCAGGGUUAAGAAGGAAGUGAGUGUCAAGAAAGAGGAUUUGGAGUUUGUACCUGAACCGUUUAAUAGUGAACAUAGUGAGGAAAACCCAGCUUUAGCUUUAGUUAAAUUGCCGGAUUCUUUCGCGGGCAAAGGCCUGAGUGACGAUCCUAACGUUAAAAAACUGUUCGAUUACACCCUCAAGGACAUGCUCGAGGGCCAAAUUGGCAAACUAGUGAUUAGAAGGUCGGGCAAAAUGGAAGUACAUAUCGGUAGAGUCAAAUAUGAGUUGAGCCCUGAAAACACGUUUGAGGCUCGAGAAGACCUAGCCACGAUAACGGAGGGCCCCAAUGGGGAAAACAGCAUAGCGGUAUUAGGCAGCGUUUUACACAAUUUUAUCAUGUUUCCCGACUAUGAUUCACUGUUAAGUAAAAAAUAAUUGUACUAUUUUCUAUAAAUAAAUUAUGAUAAUUAUCUAUAAAACCUA